AGCCACAGUCAAAAACAGCAUAAUGCAACCAUCCCAGGUCCUGAGAAGUUUGUGCCUCUUUGCGGCUCUCAGCUCCAUGGCAGUUGUGGUCCUUGGACUGUGCGAUAGCUGCCAGACGAACAAUGUGGCCUGCCUGAAUGAGACGCACUACAGGUUCUGCGCCGACAACGUGGCGCCCAACCAGGUGGCCGAGUGUCCCACCGGUCAGGUCUGCACCAACCUGGCCAUCAUCUGCAUGGACAAGGGCUCCUAUGACGCCUCCUGCUCGGCCGACGCUGCGGAUGGAUCCUGCCCCAGCUGCGACGGCACCAGCAUGUUCGUCUGCACCAGCCGCACCACCUUCCAGCAGUGCAAUGGCACCAGUCUGCUGAGCCAGGUCACCAAGUGCAAGGACAACAAGAUCUGCUCGAUCAGCUCUGGCAAAUACUGCGUGGACCUCUGCGAGGCGGGAGACUCCAUUGAGUGUGACAGGGAGGCCCCUCUAUAAUCACAUACCUACACUUGUCCUUGAAAAAAUUAAUCUUUAAAAUAAAAACAUAUUUUUUAAUUUAAAUCUUAA